AAUAUUGUAUCGGUAACAAAGCUGCCCCUCGAGGGCGGAGUUCGGCUCUCCGGCGGCGAAAGUCCAGGUUUGGAGACCAGGUGUGAGCGAGCUGGUACCCAAGGAGGAUCAAGUGGCACGUCUUCGGACCUAGGCUGCCCCUGCCAUCAUGUCGCAAGGGAUCCUUUCUCCACCAGCGGGCUUGCUGUCCGAUGACGAUGUCGUAGUCUCUCCCAUGUUUGAAUCUACAGCUGCAGAUUUGGGAUCUGUGGUACGCAAGAACCUUCUGUCAGACUGCUCUGUCAUCUCUGCCUCCCUGGAGGACAAGCAGCAGGUUCCAUCUGAGGACAGUAUGGAGAAGGUGAAAGUAUACCUAAGAGUUAGGCCCUUAUUACCUUCAGAGUUGGAACGACAGGAAGAUCAGGGUUGUGUCCAUAUUGAGAAUAUGGAGACCCUUGUUCUACAAGCACCCAAGGACUCUUUUGCCCUGAAGAGCAACGAGCGGGGAAUUGGCCAAGCCACCCACAGGUUCACCUUUUCCCAGAUCUUUGGGCCAGAAGUGGGACAGGCAUCCUUCUUCAACCUAACUGUGAAGGAGAUGGUAAAAGAUGUACUCAAAGGCCAGAACUGGCUCAUCUAUACAUAUGGAGUCACUAACUCAGGGAAAACCCACACGAUUCAAGGUACCAUCAAGGAUGGAGGGAUUCUCCCCCGGUCUCUGGCACUGAUCUUCAAUAGCCUCCAAGGCCAACUUCAUCCAACACCUGAUCUGAAACCCUUGCUCUCCAAUGAGGUAAUUUGGCUAGACAGCAAGCAGAUCCGACAGGAGGAAAUGAAGAAGCUAUCCCUACUAAAUGGAGGCCUCCAAGAGGAGGAGCUGUCCACUUCCUUGAAGAGGAGUGUUUACAUUGAAAGUCGGAUAGGUACCAGCACCAGCUUUGACAGUGGCAUUUCUGGGCUCUCUUCCAUCAGUCAGUAUACCAGCAGUAGCCAGCUGGAUGAAACAAGUCACCGAUGGGCACAGCCAGACACUGCCCCAGUACCUGUCCCAGCAGACAUUCGCUUCUCCGUCUGGAUCUCGUUCUUUGAGAUCUACAACGAACUGCUUUAUGACCUAUUAGAACCGCCUAGCCAGCAGCGCAAGAGGCAGACUUUGCGGCUAUGCGAGGAUCAAAAUGGCAAUCCCUAUGUGAAAGAUCUCAACUGGAUUCAUGUUCAAGAUGCUGAGGAGGCCUGGAAGCUCCUGAAAGUGGGUCGUAAGAACCAGAGCUUUGCCAGCACCCACCUCAACCAGAACUCCAGCCGCAGUCAUAGCAUCUUCUCAAUCAGGAUCCUACACCUUCAAGGGGAAGGAGAUAUAGUCCCCAAGAUCAGCGAGCUGUCACUCUGUGAUCUGGCUGGCUCAGAGCGCUGCAAAGAUCAGAAGAGUGGUGAACGGUUGAAGGAAGCAGGAAACAUUAACACCUCUCUGCACACCCUGGGCCGCUGUAUUGCUGCCCUUCGCCAGAACCAGCAGAACCGCUCAAAGCAGAACUUGGUUCCCUUCCGCGACAGCAAGUUGACUCGAGUGUUCCAAGGUUUCUUCACAGGCCGAGGCCGUUCCUGCAUGAUUGUCAAUGUGAAUCCCUGUGCAUCUACCUAUGAUGAGACUCUUCAUGUGGCCAAGUUCUCAGCCAUUGCUAGCCAGCUUGUGCAUGCCCCACCUGUGCAACCAGGAUUCCCAUCCCUUUACUCAUUCAUCAAGGAACAUAGUCUUCAGUCAUCCCCCCGCUUAGAGAAAGGGGCUAAGGCAGACGCAGGCCUUGAUAAUGACACUGAAAAUGAAGCUGAUGUCUCCAUGUAUGGCAAAGAGGAGCUUCUACAAGUAGUGGAAGCCAUGAAGGUAUUGCUUUUGAAAGAACGACAGGAAAAGUUGCAGCUGGAGAUGCAGCUCCGAGAUGAAAUCUGCACUGAGAUGGUAGAACAGAUGCAACAGCGGGAGCAGUGGUGCAGUGAACAUUUGGACACCCAAAAGGAACUAUUGGAGGAAAUGUAUGAAGAAAAACUAAAUAUCCUUAAGGAGUCACUGACAAGUUUUUACCAAGAAGAGAUUCAGGAGCGAGAUGAAAAGAUUGAAGAGCUAGAAGCUCUCUUGCAGGAAGCCAGACAACAGUCGGUGGCCCAACAGCAAUCAGGGUCUGAACUGUCCCUACGGCGGUCACAAAGGUUGGCAGCUUCUGCCUCCACCCAGCAGCUUCAGGAGGUUAAAGCUAAAUUACAGCAGUUCAAAGCAGAGCUAAACUCCACCACUGAAGAGUUGCAUAAGUAUCAGAAAAUGUUAGAACCACCACCCUCAGCCAAGCCCUUCACCACUGAUGUGGACAAGAAGUUAGAAGAGGGCCAGAAGAAUAUAAGGCUACUGCGGACAGAGCUUCAGAAACUUGGUGAGUCUCUCCAAUCAGCAGAGAGAGCUUGUUGCCACAGCACUGGGGCAGGAAAACUUCGUCAAGCCUUGACCACUUGUGAUGACAUCUUAAUAAAACAGGACCAGACUCUGGCUGAAUUGCAGAACAACAUGGUGCUAGUCAAACUGGACCUUCGGAAGAAGGCAGCAUGUAUUGCUGAGCAGUAUCAUACAGUGCUAAAACUCCAAGGCCAGGUUUCUGCCAAAAAGCGCCUUGGUGACAAUCGGGAAAACCAGCAACCAAACCAACAGCCUCCAGGGAAGAAACCGUUUCUUCGAAAUUUACUUCCCCGGACACCAACCUGCCAAAGCUCAACAGACUGCAGCCCUUAUGCCCGAAUCCUACGCUCACGGCGCUCCCCUUUACUCAAAUCCGGGCCUUUUGGCAAAAAGUACUAAGGCUGUGGGGAAAGAAGAGCAGUCAUGACCCUGAGGUGGGUCGGUUGCUCUUCUGAACAAAUAGGUCUCUUUUAAGCUUUACCAUAUAUCAGUAAGGUUUUUUUCCCACUUUUGUAUUAUAAUCACCUAUGUAAUCUCUCUUUUUUUUUUUUUUUUUUUUUUACUUAUAUGGUUUCUAUGCACACACAAAAAAGUUAUAUUAAAGAUAUUAUUGUUCACAUUUUUUUAUUGAAUUCCAAAUGUAGCAAAAUCAUUAAAACAAAUUAUAAAGGAGACAGAAAAAUUGAGAAUCAAACAUCAUUCUGGACCAUGGGAACCUUGAAAAAGCAUGGCAGUGGAGACCAGUAACUAGUAUACAGCUUGCCUAAGAAGGCUUAGUAAGAAAUGAAUUCAAGUAGUAGAUAUUCUAAACCUUCCUUAAUAUAAGAUGAAGUGUCAUAUUUUAGGAGGUAAAAAGGUAACACAAAAUUCUGAGAAUAAGAAUGAAGUCUGGACCCUAAGCUCAGAAUGAUCCAUAGCAUCUACUGUACAAAUUCGUUACAGCAGACAUAGCAUAUUACCUCCUGCUGUAUACACAUGCACAGGCCUGAAACUCUCCAAGAGCACCACAAGAAUGAUUUCCUUUAUCAUCUAGAUAAAGGCUGAAAAAAUGUAUUCUGUUGCAGAUAGGAGGGAAAAAAUA